AUACCUGGGUGGCGGCGGUGCGGUGUCGCCGACGCCGAGGAACUGGUCCGGUGUUGGGGGCCCAAGGUGAUCAGUACCUCUCCGGGCAACAGCCUCCGACUCAGGACGGCGAGGCUCCGCAUCCUGACACCAGCCGCCAUGGCAACGAGGUUUCUCACCAAGAAUCUUCCCCCUUCCCUCGAACCCCCGCUGAAGGGUUCCGAGGCAAAUGUGUCUCGAAGACGGAAGGUCCCGGGAGAGGAGGAGGACCUGGAGUUCCGCUGGGAAUGGGAAGCGGAUGGUGGAAAAUGGAGCAUUUACUUGGACGAGCACGGCCAGGAGAUCUCGAGGGCUUUCCGCUCUGGGAGUUCAUCAGUUCUCCUGUCUGUGACUCCAGCCACCACCAUCAACGUGGAUUUGCAAAAAAUGGUCCAGGUGAACACACAGACGGGCUUUGAAAGGAGGUUCCGCUGUGCAGUGAAGGACAAGGAGGACUACUACCUGUGGCAGUGGGAGGACGAUGGAGGCAGCUGGCAGGGAUACAACGCAGACACCUGUCGGGAGCUGGAGAGAACGAAGAGGCAGCCCAAGCCCAAGACAGUCAGCCUGACCGUUGGCCGCAACCGCUACUUGCUGGAUACGUCCAGUAUGAGGCAGGUCAACAAGCGUAGCCAGGCUGAACGCAAGAUGGGACGGGUUUUGUCCGAUGCCGUUCAGUCGACCAGCCCCAAUGCUUCUCCAGUCUCUGCUGGACCCUGCCCCCAGACCAGUGCCCCUGCUGCAGCCAAGAGAUCUCGGAGGGCCCCAUCCACAGACGUUUCCACCUCCCCUGGUGGAGAGGGGGGCGAUGGUACCGUGAGGACGCUUGUAGUGAAGGGUAAGGCUGCUGUGGAUGCUGAAUGUCGGGAGAAGCAGGGGAAGGCACAUGUCUACUAUGAGGCGGAUGAAGUCUAUGAUGCACUCCUAAGCCAGACAAAUCUGCAGUUCAAUAACAACAAGUUCUACAUCAUUCAGCUGCUGCAGGACGACGACAGCAAGAGGUUCAACGUAUGGAUGCGCUGGGGAAGGGUGGGCAAGGUGGGACAGAACAGCUUGAUCCCAUGUGGAGCUGAUCUACAGAAAGCGAAAGAGAUCUUUGAGAAAAAGUUUUUUGACAAGACCAAGAAUGAGUGGUCCCAGAGGGCAAACUUUGAGAAAGUUGCCGGCAAGUAUGACAUGCUCACCCUUGACUACAGUGGCAAUUCUAUGGAACAGGAUGUCCAGGAUGGGAAGGAGCCUGGAGCAGGGGCAAAGGUGCCACAGGUGGAAUCGAAGUUAGAUCACCGACUCCAAGAGUUGAUGAAGCUGAUUUGCGACAUUAAGACCAUGGAGGAGAUGGUUCUUCAGAUGAAGUAUGACACCAAGAAGGCUCCGCUAGGAAAGCUGACCACUGAGCAGAUCAAGGCUGGCUACUGUUCCCUGCGAAAGAUCGAGGACUGUCUGAACCGGAAGGUGACUGGGAAAGCCCUGCUGGAGGCCUGCAACGAAUUCUACACCCGCAUCCCCCACGACUUUGGGCUGAAGACCCCACCACUGAUUAGCACCCGGAAAGAACUUCAGGAAAAAAUCAGCCUCCUGGAGGCUCUCAGCGACAUCGAGGUGGCAAUUGGUGUGGUGAAGAAGGAGCACAACAGCACAGAAAACCCUCUGGACCGUCACUACCACGCUCUGCAAUGCAGCCUCCAGCCCCUGGAACACAGCUCACACCAGUUCCAGGUGAUCAAGAAGUACCUCCAGUCAACGCACGCCCCCACCCACAACGAGUACAAAAUGAAGCUUCUUGAGGUCUUCGAGGUGGCGAGGGAGAGUGAGCAAGUGGUUUUCCGCUCUGACCUCAGCAACAGGCGGUUGCUUUGGCAUGGGUCUCGGUUGUCCAACUGGGUCAGCAUCUUAAACCAGGGAUUACGCGUCGCCCCACCUGAGGCUCCUGUCACAGGAUACAUGUUCGGCAAGGGGAUAUACUUCGCUGACAUGUCCUCCAAGAGUGCCAAUUACUGCUUUGCCACUCGAGAACAUAACCUGGGAUUAUUACUGCUGAGCGAGGUCGCCCUCGGGAACUGUAACGAGUUGCUGGCCGCUGAUGCUGGCGCUGACCGUCUGCCCGCGGGAAAGCACAGCACGAUGGGCUUAGGACGAGUGGCCCCCAAGGAGGUCAAUAGCGUGAGCCUAGAUGGUGUGAUGGUCCCCAUGGGCCCUGGGAAGGAGACAGGAGUGAAGAACCCCCAUGGUUACACCCUAAACUACAACGAAUACGUGGUCUACCAGCCUGCCCAGGUGCGCAUGAGGUACCUGCUCAAGGUGCAGUUUGACUACGUCUCCCUGUGGUGAACAGCUGGGUAACUGGUACCCACGAAGACCUCCUCUCCAUCAGAGGCAGAUGCUGGGAGUCAAACCACCCACCCCUUGUUCUGUCAGACUGGCAUUGACAUUCUACCAUUCUCGCUGCCUUUCCUUCAUAUCCAAAACUCAACGACCCACAUCUCCCUCUGCGGGACAGAUCUCCAAAGAUUCACCUCCCUGGGGAGGCAGGAAAGAAUCUCUCCCCAUCUGUUCUGACCGGCAAACCCCUGUUCUGAGUGACCUCGUAUCUCCCCUCUGGUCUGGGGCACCCAGUAAGGAGGAAGCCCGUGAGUUAUCCUCUCAUUGCCCCAAACCCCAGGGAGGAUAGGCCUGGUCUGCAAUCCCCCGUCCCCAUCCCAGGGACUGAGCUGGUAAACCUUCUCUGUGUUCCCUCUGUCACACAUCUCCAUUCCCUAAGGAUGGGUGCCCAGACCUGUGCACGAUAUUGCAGGGGUGGUCUCACCAGGAUGCUAUACAUGGGAGCAGGACCGCUCUCCUGUCCUCCCUUUAUCACAAUAUCCCCCUCCUUAGGUCGGGAGACCAGAUCUCUACACAAUAUAGCAGAGACUGUACCCCCCCCCCCAUGCAGUUCAGGAAUCUUCCCCAACUAGAGAAACGACCUCUUAGCAUUUCUCCCAUUAAGCCCUCUCCCCAGGACCUUGCACCUUUCAAUAAGACUGGCUCUUCUUCCCCUAAAUCUCAACAAAGUCAGGUUUAACCUGCCCAACCCUUCCCGGUAAGGGAACCUGCUCCCUGCUCAGGAACAUGACCCACAGUACUCUGAACCACCCUGUUAUGGUGGGUCUGGCCCUUAAGCCGGGAGUUCAGGCCUGAGGAGGCAAAUCCGGAAAUGCAGGAAACCACAUUCCAGCGGUUAUUCCCAAAAGUGAUACAGCUGAUUGUUCAACAACUUAGAGCAUCCUAUGGAAAUGCGAUUUGAAAUCAGGAGACCACUUAGCCCUUACUCAGGCUGAACCCAAUUCUCACAAGGUCACAGUCCACCUGACAGAAACCUGGACCCCAUGUCCCUAUGCAAUUGCACCCCUCCGACCCUCACUGAGAAUCCGUCUUCCCUCGACCGUACAGACAUCCCCACAUUCCAUUCCCACCUUCCCUUGAAGAUAGGAAUUCCCAAGAUCCAUGCAACCCAAAAUAAAAUAUCACCCUCUGUUCUCCAUCAUUAAAGAGCCAUUUACCAAUUACCAUUUAAAGAGUCUUUUGACUGUGACCCUCCCCCUCCUCUUACCGGUUUCAAAUUCUCGCACAGGAAGGAAAGCACAUCCUGUCAUCAUGCCAGUCCCAGGAUGGGAUACAUUUCAGUCCAGUCCCCUUUUCCCUCUGGAUGGCUACAAGCCUGGCCUGUCUGACCUCUCUUCAUGAGGUAACCUGCCUUCUUCCUUCCCCAGCUGGAUGCCAGAGAGCCACGUCUGGGGCAGUGAAGGAGUGGGGGGUGUCUGUCCUUGGGGGCAGGUUUGGGUGCUGGAAGAAGGAGCUCACAGUGUAUGUAGGGGAGGCUAGUUACCGUAAGUUUGAUACAUUUGUAAGAAGAAAAUACAGACUUGCGUGCUUUGUUUUGA